UUCUGCAAUAACAAUGUCUCAUCAGUCAUCAAAAGGGGAUAUUCUAAAGGUCCGUCUUGGGAAUGAUCUUCGUCGUUUAGUCCUCUACAACACGCACAUAUCCUAUGAUGACCUGGUACUAAUGCUCCAGCGUGUGUAUGGUGGUAAACUAAAGAGCACGGACGAAGUAACUUUGAAAUACUAUGAUGAUGAUGAUGAUCUCAUUACAAUUGCUGAUGCCGAUGAUUUUGCUCACGCAAGAGAAUACUCUUCAACCGGGAUCGUCAAAGUUGUGAUUUAUGUUAAUGGUUGUGAUACCGGCUAUGGGCAGCUCAUGAAUCCAAAAGACAUAAGGAGAGAGCUAGCAGACGUUCGUAACAAAGUCAAUUCUCUUGUCGAUAGUUUUGAUGCAAUGCAUAUGAAUUCGAAUCAAGCUCAUGGGCCACUGGAUAGCCUCUCAGCCAGCACUGCCACUACUGUUGCCCCAACACAAGCUAUGGAAGGAGUUCCCUUCAUAACGGCUGUUACUGAAGGCAUAUCAGCCUUUGAUCCACUGAAAUCAAGCAGAGAUCACUCCACCAUCACAACAACUGUCACCACACAGUUACCCGUGACAUCAACUAUAUCUCAAGUGAAUGCUACCAGCACUGCCAGUGGAAGUACGUCUCAUCUCUUCUCGGGACAAAAUGGUGGAUCCUUCCUUGACAGCACCGGUACUACUCAGCCACCUCCUCCUCAGCUACAAGUCCCUCAAAGCCAGCCGCAGCCACAGCCUCAGGUUCAAAUACCUCAGGCGGCUACUCAAAUACCUCAGGCUACUCCCGGUCAGUUUGCUCAGCAGCCCACUGCUCCUCCACCUGCAAGCACCCCACAGCCUACGUCUUAUUCACCCUAUCCAUCACAGUCCAGCCAGCAGACUGGUUAUCCUGGAUCCAGUGCUCCAGGGCAGUAUCCUUACCCGGGUCAGUCCCAGUAUCCCACCUCUACAGGAAACCAGUAUCCUCCUCAGCAGCCACAAACCAACACUAGUUAUACUCCAUAUGGAUCAGGGGCUCCCUACCAGCAGCCGCCUACUGGAUCAUAUGCACAACCACCUCAAGGAGGUCGGGGGUAUCCUGCUGGCCCGUCGCGUAACUCGCCAUAUAGAGUUGGUUACUGAUCGUGAUCAACCUCUACCUAAUGAUCCCUUGCUGGUAAUGACAGGAUGGUUUAACUAUAAAAUGACUAACGAUUUAUUAAUCAUUAAUCUUGUGUGCUGCAUUGAUAAAAUUUAUUGUCAUUGGUGAUAAAAUUUUGAGUAUAAAAUUUAGUGUUCGACAAAA